UCAGCAUCCGAGGCCGCUACUUCUGGAGAGGGGACGAAAGAGCAAUUCUUCGUCCGAGGAGUCGUCUACCAACCCGAAGACAAAUUGCAACGAGGGGUCAUCAAUGAUCCCAUCUCAGACGAUCGUAUACUCGAGCUCAAACAGAACAUCGUGUUGUUCAAGGAACUUGGGAUCAACACUAUAUACAUAUACUUUAUCGACAAUAAUAAACAACAUGACAAAGCAAUGAAGUUACUCGAGGAAGCGGGAAUCUACGUUGUUGCGACUGUUUCUACCCCUACCUGCAGCAUCAAUCGGUCGAAACCUUACGAAUCAUACAACACUGCUAACGUUUCUUCAUUUCUCAAGACCGCCGGUAUCAUGGCUGGUUACAGAAAUACCUUGGCGAUUGCCGCGGGCGAUUCAGUGGUCAAUAGUCGGAGCAACCUUCCUGCGACUCCUGUCUUGAAAGCUGUUGUUAGGGAUCUGAAGAGAUAUCUGUUGAGCAGCAACAAAAGCAAGGGUACACGUAUAAUACCCGUAGGCUACUCUUCCGCGGACGCUUUACAAAUCAACCAACAUCCAGGAUUUUUAGAAUACCUGUACUUCGGCGACAAAGAAAGCACAAUCGACUUUUGGGCACCCAAGAACUAUGGAUGGGUGGGAAAAUCAGGCAUGCAGAUGUCAGGCUGGAACUCCCUCAACUUCGCCAUACCCGUGUUCCUAUCAGAGUACGGCGCGAACACAUACCUACCUCGGCAACUUCACGAAAGCAAAGCUCUCUAUUCAGAUCCGAUGUCCAGAAUCUUCUCUGGCGGAUGCAUUUAUGAGUUUACCGAUAGUGCGAAUGGCUACGGCCUGGUGGCAAUGCCGGAAGCAGUCGAUUCAAGAUGUUUUCGAAUUCGCACGGAUGCUGAGAAGAAUGUGAUGGAGACACGAACAACAGACCAGGGUGAAAUCUACAUCUAUCACGACUUCGCCAACUACAAAGCAGCUCUUGCUCAAUCCGCACAGAACGACCCAAGCUGGGAUAUCAUGGAGCGUCAAGCGGCAGAGAGGAUUGAUGUCGAUGUCACACAAGGAACCUGGCCAUGGGGACCUGAGUUUCAGAUGCCUGCUACGUGCAUAGACUGGGACAAUGUCGACGAGCUUGUCGGUUCUCUAGGGAAAGUUUCUCUCGAGGGCAACUCGGAGACUCGCACACCAGCCACUUGA